GCCAAGUUCAACGUUGAGUGGGGUCGGGACCGGUUUUAGGAGGGGGUGUAACCUGACUUGAACUGAGCUGUCUGUGAUAAGAGGCUGGACCUGUCUUCUCCGAGUCUCCCUAUAUAGAGCAGCCACUGCUUGUCUGCAAACAGUGAAAGGCAAAUCCCUUGGACGAAAAUGGUAAUAAUGUUUCCCCAAACUGCGACCAGCAGAGGAACGGGUGUGAACAUUAGGAACAUUGGUCAGCAGCCAUCGUACAAAGAAUUUGUAAACAUGAUGGGAAAUAUUAUUAUCCUUAGUUUGAUAGUGGCCAUAUCCUUAUCAUUUUGGAUUGUGUCGAUGACUAUCAGUACUUAUUAUGGUACUCUACGACCCGUGUCACCUUGGCGAUGGCUGUUUUCUGUAUUAGUUCCACUAGUUAUUGCUUCACAUGCACUAAAGAAGCAAAGUCUUGAUCGCAGUGGAGCUAUUGGAGCUUUGAUUGUUGGGUUCAUCCUUACAAUUGCCAACCUCAGUUUCUUCUCUGCAUUGCUAACUUUUUUUGUUAGCUCAUCUAAACUCACAAAAUGGAAGGCAGAAGCAAAAAAACGUUUGGAUGCAGAAUAUAAGGAAGGUGGUCAGAGGAACUGGAUACAGGUAUUUUGUAAUGGAGGUAUUCCUACAGAGAUUGCCUUACUUUAUAUGAUUGAAACUGGGCCAGGAGAAAUUGCAAUUGAUUUUUCAAAGCAGUACACUGCCUCUUGGAUGUGUCUGUCUCUCCUGGGAGCGCUGGCUUGCAGUUCAGGUGACACCUGGGCAUCAGAGAUAGGAAGCGUUGCCAGCAAAACACCUCCAAGACUGAUCACCACGUGGGAAAAGGUUCCCAUUGGUACUAAUGGAGGAGUUACCUUUGUAGGCCUUGCAUCGAGUUUACUUGGUGGAAUGGCUGUUGGAUUGGCCUAUCUAUUAACUCAAUUGCUGUUUGUGGAGGACCUGAAUACUUCACCACCCCAGUGGCCGAUUGUUAUAUAUGGUGCUGCAGCAGGUUUCCUUGGUUCCAUUUUGGAUUCCUAUUUAGGCGCCGUAAUGCAGUAUUCAGGUUUUGAUGAAGACAGUGGGAUGGUUGUCAAUCACAUUACCCCUAAUGGACGGCAUAUAUCCGGAAAACCUAUUCUGGAUAAUAAUGCAGUAAAUCUCUUUUCUGCCAUCCUUAUUGCUCUUCUGCUGCCGGGAUUGACUUGGCCUUUUUGGCCAAGGAAGUUAGCAAUUUAGAAACAUAGUGAAUGAGGAUCCUAAUCAUCUGCUAGCAUAAAAUAUUGCAUAUGAGUAUUGCACUAACAAACAGAAGUCUGAAUUAAAAUGAAGAUGUACAAAAAUACUUCCAAUAUUGCAACUUUGUGGAAGCAUAAGCUGUAUCUUCACACGCUUACUUUGUUUACUUAUUUAUUGUUUCUUUGGAAAUAUUAUUUGGUGUCUUAAAUCAAAAAGCUUGCCCUCAAUAAGUUACAUCUCAGUGAAUAGUCUUUUUAUUACAAUUGAUGUUGUUGCCCCUUUUUAUUAACACUUUUUUCAGCAAUGCCUCUUAAGCAGAGAACAUACUUAAAUUAUGUAACAACUUAGAACUUUGAUGAACAGAUUUUGGCAGCAAACUAUUGAUCAGCCAAGCUCACUCUUCAAAAUCACUGGUUGGUUUCCUCCUUAUGAUUCUGGAUCUAAAUCAACAUUUCAAAUCAAAGUUUAUUUAAUGUCUUUUUGAAAACUUGUUUUUUGUUAAAUUCUUAUUGAUGAUUCUCAAUCUUAUCAUGGUUUUACUCAAAACAAUGCUGCCUAAAUUUCAGAAUUUGAAAAUCUACCUUCUAAUUCUUGAAUCCAGUAUUUGACACAAGAGUUGUGAAUCCUGACCAGCAAGAGCUUAAAAAUGAAAUGAAGUUACUGAACAGCUUUAAGACUGAGAGUGAUACAGGAGAAAUAAAAGCAAAAUGAUGUUUCAGCCCGAAGGGAUAAUUUACAGGUAAAUCUUAAUUUAAUCUAUAAUAACACAAACCAAAUCCAGCAACAUGUGGACUGAGCAAAGAAAAAUUAGUUUAAUUAAUUAAAGUCAUACAUAAAUCUUGAGUAAUUAAACAUAUGUCAAGAUUGGGCCUGGAUUGAAUUGCUGGUUUUGUGCUAUACCAUAAUCUUGAACAAACGCAUUUGCGAUAAGGAGAAACUUCUGUUCAGAUUUGUUGAGCUGGAGUCCAAAACACAGGGACAUAAUAGAGUGGGGGGAGUUCUGAAGAUUGUUUGAUUGAGGAGGCAGUCUGACACUUCAGUUUUCUGAAUUUAAUUUUUGUUUUUCCAUACCUACAGAAGGUUUUUAAAUCAGUUUUGUUCUCGCUUGUUUACUCAUGUUCGAGUUUGUCUUUACGAAUUUCUUGGUGACCUUUCAUUUCUAGGAGAGACAGUGACGUUGUGGUAGUGUCACUGGAUGAGUAAUCCAGAGGUCCAGUGAUAUUCCACUGUGCCAACUUCUAUUACUCUCUGGACACAGAUUUAAAUUUCAACAUGGUGGUUGGUGAGUUUAAACUUCAUUAAUGAAUGUGACAGGAAGAGCUGCUCUCGGUGAUGGUGACCACAGCAGUUAUUGUCAAUUGUCAUAAAAAAACCCAUCUGGUUCACUAAUGCCCAUUAGGGAAAUAAAUCUGCCAUCCUUACCUGAUCUGGCAGGUGUACAUGUGACUCCAGAGACCCACAGCAAUAUGAUUGAUUUGGAAAUAGACAAAUACAUUUCCCUAUUCAAAUGAAUUAAAGGUAGAAAAUAAAUGUUAGCUUUGUCAGUGAUCACAUGAAAGAAUAAAGGAAAAUAACAAUCUAAAAUUCUCUCAGUUAUUUCUCCUCCUGACAACAUCAAAAGUUUCCUGUUUCAUCAAAUACCAUUUCUAAGUUUUUCUGUUUGAUCACUUGUAUUGAGUUUUCAUUUCUUAAAGAAAUCUAUAUCUUCUGUGAAUUGAUUCUUUUUUAAUAUAAUGGACACUUGUUUCAUCACAGUUUAAUUGGAGCCCAUUUGGAAAGAACAGCUUCAUAUUUCUUGGCACCAGUGCCAGAGCCCCUGAAUUGAUAAAUCUGCCUCCCAUUCAACACUUUUAGCCAUGCAUUAAGGAAAAAACCUCAUUAUCCAUUUGGCAAUAAACUAAUUUGCAUGUGGCUCACAGUUUGAAUUGAAGAACAAAGUACAAUAACAUUUUGACCCGCUUUUUUUUUGACUCCAUCACUCCCUCCCUCCUUACAAACUGAAUAAACAGAAUGAGCAUAACCAACUAUGAGCAUGGAGUUUUUAAAUCAGUUAUUAUCAAUGUAUAGAAAAUAAUUAGUGAAUGUAAUUUAUAAUGGGGAAAAGAAAUCGGCAGAUCUAAGGAAUAGAUUUUUUUUUAAAGAGCAUUCUGGAAAGCUCCUGUUUCUUUGUUCUUCUGAACUUCUUGGAAAGAUGUUCUUAAUUCUUGUGGUAAUUUAUGAAACCCUGUUGACCUCUUCUCCUGGAAGUAAAUUUGCUUAAGCAUCAUACAAUUAGUAUUUAACAUAGCUAAUUUUUUUAAGUAGGCAAAAAUUUAGAGAAACACUUUAAACAUAAGAUAAUCAGAUAUUUCAAUUUAUAGUAUCCAAACAUGCUCACCAUAGCCUACAUUGAGCAGUCAAAACCUCAGCAAAUACACUUAGAGUUUAAAUUUGUAUUUUCAUUCAUAUGCAUAAAUCACAAGUUGCUAAUAUAAGCAAAUCUUGUUGUUUAGUUUUUGCUUACAUUUAACAAUGAGGUGAUUGUGCUUAAAACAAUCCUUUUCAAACCCCCCAAACCUUUAAGCAAACUAGCGACUAAGCAAUGUAAACAUAAGUAGAAUUGAGUUGCCCAAAGUUCAUAAGACUUGAUUAACUCAUUACCUGCAGUUUGUACAUUCAUAUCAACCAUAAUUAAUUAAAAGUCAAACUUUUAUAGAGUCAGAUAUUUGAAUUUAGUUGUAGAUUACUUUUAAUUGUGCUAUGAUAAUAUGUUGAGAAAUAACAUAUAGUAUCUUUUGUGUCUUCAUGACCUCAUUGCCUGAAUUACUUUUUUUAACAUUUACCUAUUUGGAUGUGUCAUGACAUAUCUCUGUGGCAGGUGGGGCAUUUUAAAAUUAUGCUUUCAAAAAAUGUGGGCACUGCUGGCUGGACCAGCAUUUAUUGACCAUCCCUAAUUGCUUGGAGAGUAGUUGAGAGUCAAGCACAUUGUUCUGAGUCUGGAGUCAAAUAUAGGCCAAGCCAGAUAAGGACUGUAUUUUUCUUCCCUAAAGGACACUACUAAGGAAGACUUUUUCUUUCCCAAUAAUCAAUAAUGCUUUCAUGGUAACCAUUAGACUCUUUAAUUCCAUAUGUUUUUAAAAAUUGAAAUUAAAUUCCACUAUUUGUGCACAGGUCCUCAUCAUUGCCUGGGUACCUGAAUUAAUAACUUAGUGAUAUGAUCAUCAGGCGAGCGCUUCCCUAUCGAAGCUGGACCUCUGACCCAGAAAUAGGAGAAAAAUAAAACACUGCCACAAAACCACCAUACCUUUUGAACCAUCUGUAGAAUUGUAAUUUAAGCCAAAAUCCCACAAACAGCAAUGAGAUAAAUUGGUCAGAUGAUACAUCUUUGGUGUUGGUUGACGAUGAAAUAUUAGUUGAGACAUGUGAGAACAUCCUGUUUUUCUUAAGUUCUCUAUUGGAUUUGCUUUGCCAAUCUAUGAGAUGAUGGCCAAUCUGAUGGCUCCACUUUCCUGCCUUUAUCCCAUUCCCUUUCUCAUUAAAUCCAUCCAACUCAACUUUGAAUAUACUUAACAAUUCAGCCUCGAUAGCCCUUUGUAGUAAAGAAUUCCACAGAUUUGUUACCCUCAGAAAAGAAAUUCCUCCUAAUCUCUAACUUAAACGUGCAAUCUGGUUUUUUUUCUGAGACAAUGCCCUCUGGUUCUAGGUUUUCCCAUGUGGGAAAACAAUCUUUCUGCAUUUAACUUGUCAAGUCAUUUAAGAGUCUUACAUUUUUCAAUAAGAUCACCUCUUGUUCUUCUAAAUUCCAAAGAAUACGGGCCCAAUCCACUCAGUGUUCCCUCACAAGACAGUCUCUCCAUAGCUAGUACCAACCUAGUGAGUCUACUGAAAAUUGUUUUCAUCUGAUCUUUUAUGGCCACCUGGAAGAUUGACCAGAAUCUAAAUGUAUUAACUUACCUGCAAGAUAUAUUGCUGCACGGCCAGAUUAUGUGCUUUAAACUCUGAACUGGAACAUCAAGUUACAAUCUGGUCACUUGAAAGACAAAUGCAGUAAGGUUUAUGUAGAGAACUGGGUACGCAAUGCAUAAAUUAGGAAGAUUUUUAGAUGAAUUUGGCUUUUAUCCAUUGGAUAGUUCUGAGGAAUUGUUGAAUAUAUUGAAUAGUUCUGAGGAACAUUACCGUGAAGUCUAUUGUGUGAAUGAAAUAUUCUAUUUUCUGUCACAUGGACAAAUAUUUUAUCCACAGUUUAUCACAUUACGGUCACAUUCAGAAUCAAACUAAUUUUGCAUGGCAUUGUUACACAAAAUCCUGUGAAGUGUUUAUAAUGUUUUUGAAGCAUUUAUUCCAUCUUUUUCCUCAUGUUAAUAUGGCAGAUUUUUUUU